ACUCCAUUCGUCCCAUAUCCAAGUAGCUAGGUUUCCUCCCCGUCUCCGCCCGUCUUUCAUUCUCAGUAGACUCAGCAUCUGCUUCCUUCGUUCCCGUUCUCGGUAGCCGCCGCUCCAUUCGUUCGCGUUCCCAGCCAGCUGCUCAACUACAGCUGGCUGGGGCAUUGUUGGGGGACCGUUAACUAGACAAGUCACAGAGCAAUCGACCUCAAAUCCCCUCGCGGCGAUGGAGAAUCCAGCCACCUCCUUCAUAGUCUUUGGCUUCCCAUAGCUGAACUACUGAAGUGUGUCUAUUUUCAAUUUAAGAACAAUGGAUGCUAGAAGCAAUGGAGAACUCCCAUGCGACCACCCUGACUUUCACCGCAACUAUAAAACUACAGCGCCGUCGCAGCACUCAGACGAGUCCAUUGCCCACAAUAACGCCAAUCACGGAGGUAGAUUUCCAGGAGACGCCAACCAGCACCGUCAGCGCUGCCACCAGAAGCCGUAUGAGCACCACGAUAAUAAUUCAGAGGACCGCCUUCAUCAAAACACAAGCCUCGAGCCAAAUGAAUCCGUUAAUGGAGCCGCCACCCGCAACUUCGGCCAUUCUCCGCACACAUCCGGGCGAAAAAGACCUCUUCCCUCUUCACAACUACCUCUGUUUCCAGAUGUACUAGAAGGUGGGGGAUUUGUUAAACUAUAUGUUGGAGGAGUUCCAAGAACAACUACCGAAGAAGAUAUUCGACACAUUUUUGGUGAAUAUGGGCAUAUCUUAGAGAUUAUUCUCCUCAAGGAUAAAAAGAUCGAUCAAAAACAAGUGAGUUGUUUUGUGAAGUAUAGAGCAUUGGAUGAUGCUGAUCGAGCAAUUUUAGCAUUACAUGAUCGGUACACUAUCCCUGGGGCUGAGUGUCCAUUAAGAGUUAGAUAUGCUGAAGGGGAAAGAGAACGACUUGGCAAUUUUGGUGAACAUUUACACAAACUAUAUGUUGGCGGCAUGAACAGACAAACUUCUAAAAGGGAAAUAGAUGAAGUAUGCUCCAAGUUUGCCAAAAAUCUUCAUUCAUCUUUUAUAUUCUGUUCUGGGGCUGCAUGGCAAAUUGCAUUGUCUCUCCUGUUUGUUUUUUUUGUUUCAUAUGUACUUGCACAAUAUUCAAUAUAUUCAAUAUUAUUGUUAUCUUACAACUAGCUGCAUACAUAUUCUAUUAUCAGAAGUGCAGUUUCAACCUUUGCCAUGUAACUUUUGUGUGUGGCUUGUAAAGUAUUUCAUAUCACUGUAACAGUUCUAUUUUUGUUUUUGCAAAAUAAGACAAAAUGGUCAAUGAUAUAUUUUUUGAGACAUUUUUUUUGUUUCUUAUUGACAUAGCAAACCUCAUGUUGGAUAACCUUCGUUAUAUUCUAAAGACUGAUCUUGGGUUUUGGCUUUACUACCAGCUAUUUUCUCGAUAUGGGAUUAUUGAAUCAGUUUUCUUUGUACGUGACCGUGAUGAUCAAAAGCAACACCGGGGUAAUCUGUACAUUUCUUUUAUAUCAAAUUUCCAGCUAGCAUGAGUAAAGUUGUAUGACACAAAUUUACAAGAAAUGUUGUUACCCCUUGUCUUGGAAAUUUAUUUCCUCGUUUCCAGGUAAAAAGAUUGGUGUAGCUCUCUAAUAAUUUCUCUUUUAGCGG